AUGGCUCAAUGCCGCCUAAUCCGCUCCACCCCCACAACGCCCGCCCCGGCAACUAACGCAUUUGCUCCGUGCACCCGUGUCACCAACACCAGCCCCAUUUCCAGUUUCACGGCCACCUCCGAGCACUCAUGGGCCCUCAAUCUCCUGCCUCACCACCUGCUCCAUCAACUCUUACUCGCCUCGCGCCCAAAACAACUCCUCACCAGGGCCUACCGCGCCACCCCUAUCGUCGCCAGAGUGUCCACUACUGACCAAUUUGUCGCUCAAACCCAACAUCAGUUGUCCAAAUCCUCCGCUAAACGGAACAUCCUCCCCAACCCGUCCCUGUUCGAGGACGACCAGGCCCACGGAUCCCUCUCCCUCGUAAGCUUUGUCGUCCCGCCCCAACCCGACGCUAAGCUACUUGGAUUGCUCGCCACGAGCUCCGUCGUCCGUUCGGCGCUGCGGGCCUUGCAGAUGAAUUCUGUCUCUGCGGAUCUGGUCGAUGAAAGCCCAGCAUUGGUGACCAAUGCCUGGCCAGUCUAG